ACCAACAAAAGAAGAAUGGAGUUUCAGCCAGUAGUAAUGGCAGCUGGACAGGGGUCCAGGAUGACAGACUUGACCACCAGGUGUCCGAAGGCUCUCCUCCCAGUGGGGAACUUUCCACUGCUGUGGUAUCCUGUCAACAUGCUGGAAAGGGCAGGCUUUGAAGAAGCGAUCAUAAUCGUCUUGGAAUCAUUUGCAAGUGAUGCCCAAAAGGCCCUCUGUGAUGUCUGUGAUGUUAAAAUGAGGUUAGACUUUGUCAGCAUCCCCGACAACGACUAUAUGGGUACAGCUGAUUCCCUCCGCUUCAUCAAAGAUAAAAUCAAAACAGACGUGUUGAUAGUGAGUUGUGACCUCAUCUCUGACAUUAGUCUCCACCAAGUGGCCAAUGUUCACAGAGCGUACGAUUCUUCCCUCACCAUGUUGUUAUCUCCCCUUCCGGAGCAGUAUGCUGAGGUGGCAGUACCCGGCAUCAAGUCCAAGAGGAAGAGGGAGCGGGAUUUCAUUGGCUUGGAUGAGAAUGGGAAGCGGGUUCUGUUCUACACUUCUGAAGUUGACCUUGAAGAAACCGUCAAUUUUAGGAAAUCUGUUUUAAAAAAGCACCCAUGCAUCAGUAUACGUUCCAAGUUAACCGACUGCCAUUUGUAUAUAUUGAAGAAGUGGGUAGUGGACUUUCUUGGAGAAAACACAAAACUAUCAACAAUAAAGAGUGAACUCCUGCCAUACUUGAUCAAGCGCCAGUUUACUAAACCCAAGCCUCCUGAAACAGAUCUCCACAACACUAACAUGUCACUCGUCUCCAUGGAUACCAAGACAGAUGUCCAUGGCUACAGAAAAGGUGAUGAGAUGACCGCACUGAUCGAGGAACUCUCCACAUGGAUUGACCAUGAUGGUGACAUGGCCGACUGUUUCCAUGGUGAAGAUUUCCGGUGCUAUGCUUACAUACAGGACAAGGGUUUCUGUGUGCGGGCCAACACACUAGCCACAUACUGUGAAGCUAACAGACAAAUUCCACGGCUGCUCAGUGUGUUAGCUCCAUCCAGAGAGAUUAAUAAUGUACAUCCAUCAGCAACUAUCAAAGAAAAGUCACAGGUUGGAUCCGAUUGUCUUGUGAGUGAGGGAGUGAUUGUUGGAGAGCGGUCGUCCAUCAAGCGGUCAGUUGUAGGACGGCAUUGUACAAUAGGUGACAAGGUCAAGAUCACUAACUGCAUCAUCAUGGAUCAUGUGACCAUAAUGGAGGGGUCCAACCUACAAGGCAGCAUUGUGUGUGGACAGGCUCAUAUCUCCGAGAAGUGUGAACUCAAAGAUUGUAUCGUAGGUCACUCUCAGAACAUCAUUGCCAUGGGCAAGUUUACAAAUGAAGCCAUCAUCGAUGUGGACCGAAUGAUGGAGAUAUGACCACUAUGCGAUAUACUGGAUGUACAGAUUGUUAUUGGGGCUGUUGAUACAGAUAGCCUGUUCCUACUUAUAACAUUGGUAGUGACUGCUUGACUUUUUAUUGUACAUGGCCUGAACCUAAGAUUUACUAUUCAUCUCAACACUAUAUGAUGACCCUGGUCCAAACAGUGUCCCAAGACAUUCAUUACCAGGAGUCUACAAGACAGAGGACCCUCCUGAAAGAGUCUUAAUCAACUGUGAUACUGGACUUCGUGAGCCAUGAGAAUUGCUGCAGACAUCACAUGAUAAUCUUUGUUAAACUUUCCCUAGUCCAUACUUGGUGAGCCAACCUGUAAAUGUUGUUUUGCAUCACAGACAGCAAUAUACAUGCUCCAAGUCAUGGCCUCCCAAAACUCGAGGAGAGGUACAUGCAGUUAUAUCCGCCUGGUGCCACACCGAAAUAAUUUAAUGUGUCAAUAUAGAUUCACAAGUUUAUGCCUAAAGUAUGGGAUGCUGGGGAUCUAUUAUGGUAUGGAAUUUACAUUUUUGUCAACUUUAGUUCAAGCUUCUUGCCCCUUUCAUUGUGACAUGGUGGACCUUAUGUUAUUGAAAUUGGAUCAUGACAGCAACAUUUCUUUGACAAUAUUUUUUUCUACUGAAACCUAACACAUGGCUAAGUGGCCAUUUGUACAAAUAAAGAAAACAGUGCUGAUAA